CACCCGUAUAUAAUAACGCGUAUAAAUCUAAACUUAUAUCAUACGUUCAGUAGAACUCAAUCGGUACACAUCUCCUACAAUGGCAUUCAAGUUUGUAGUAUUCGCCUGUUUGGUGGCUGCCGCCAGCGCCGGAGUAUACCCGGCCGCCCCCGUGGCGUACUCCGCCGCCCCCGCCUACGUCGCCCACCAAGCGUACGCUGCCCCCUUGGCGUAUGCUGCCCCUGUCGCUAAAGUGGUCGCCCCCGUCGCCAAGGUCGCCGUCGAGGAGUACGACGCGCACCCUCAGUACAACUUCGCUUACGACGUGCAGGACGGUCUCACCGGUGACUCCAAGAGCCAGCACGAGACCCGCGACGGAGAUGUCGUACAGGGCUCCUACUCCGUGGUAGACCCUGACGGUACCAAGCGCACCGUGGACUACACUGCUGACCCCCACAACGGAUUCAACGCUGUCGUGCGCAAGGAAGCCCUCGGACACGUCGCUAAAGUCGUCGCCCCCGUUGUCGCCAAGGUAGCUGCCCCAGUCGCCUACCACGCUGCCCCCGUUGUCGCUAAAGUCGCCGCCCCUGUGGCCUACCAAGCCGCCCCUGUGGCCUACCACGCCGCUCCUGUGGCCUACCAAGCUGCCCCCGUCUACCACUCCGCCCCCGUUGCCUACUCAGCCUACCACCACUAAGUGGUAACGGCAGGUUGUUAUUAGUACAAUUACCGAUAUGAUGAACUGAAAAUAAAUAAGAAUUUAAAUUAUUGAAA